GGUUUGCAAGGCGAGUGGAAAGUGUUGUCUCUGCUUUUGUGACUUUUUUUUCUCUUUCGAAAUGGCUUAUCAUACGAGUUUUAGCUGGAAGGUCGUGGCGGUCCUGGCGUCUUUGCUGCUUGGCGAGGACGUCCUGGCGAGGGCUGCUUCCGACGACGCCUUUCUGAUCCGCGGAGAGUGCCCCAUCAUCCAGCUGGAGCCGACCUUUGACACGCAGCAGUUCUCUGGCGUAUGGUACAGGAUCGGUGGAUUGCCCAAUACUGAAGAGAAAUCAGUUAACUGCACCGUCUACAAUUACCGCGAUACAGGUAACGGCUACAGCGUGUCAGCAUCCGGCGUGGGCGUUGACGGAGCGCCGGUCGCGCAGACCAACACCCUCGUCAGCACCUCGCCGGGCGUGGCCAACUUCACGACGCCCAUCAGAGACUUCACGGCCGACCUGGUGGUUGUGAGCACGGACUACACUUCCUUCGCUUGCCUGUUUUCGUGUUACAACUUUCAGCGGACGCACAGAGCUCACUUCGCAUGGAUCCUCUCCCGGAGUCCCACGCUGCCGGCGGAGAAGAUCGCCACCUGCCAAAAGAGCCUGAGGAAAGUAGGAAUUCCCCUGGGAAGAUUAACAAAGACCAAUCAGGAUAACUGUGUAUAUGCUGGUGUCACUCGCUAAUCUUAUUGCGAGAGAGAGAGAGAGAGUCAGUGAGUGAGUGUGAAUGUGAGUGUGUGUGUGUGAGUGUGUGAAUGUGUGAAUGUGUGAAUAAGUGAGUGAGUGUGUGUGUGUGUGUGUGUGUGUGUGUGUGUGUGUGUGUGUGUGUGUGUGUGUGUG